AGCUUGGAGCACCGCCACAGGUGCUCCAAGGGCACUGAAUAAUCUCUCCUCCCUCCCUGUUUUCAGAACUUUCCAGACAACUAUUUAUGGCAUGCCUUCCUCGUACCACAUCCCACCUCAUAGAAAACCAACGUAGAACCAUUUCUCCUCGUAAAGCUUCGUGAGAGAGAGAGAGAGUUAAACACAAGGGAAAUCGAAAAAAGGGUUUUUUCGAAAGAUGUCGUGGCAAGCAUACGUCGACGACCACCUGAUGUGCGACAUCGAGGGCCACCAGCUCUCCGCCGCCGCCAUUCUCGGCCACGACGGCAGCGUCUGGGCUCAGAGCACCUCCUUCCCCCAGUUUAAGCCUGAAGAGAUUACUGGCAUAAUGAAGGAUUUUGAUGAGCCUGGAUUUCUAGCUCCUACUGGACUCCACCUCGGCGGCACAAAGUACAUGGUCAUCCAAGGAGAGGCCGGAGCUGUUAUCCGUGGGAAGAAGGGCUCUGGUGGUGUGACUAUAAAGAAAACCGGUCAAGCUCUGAUUUUCGGUCUCUACGACGAACCCGUGACUCCAGGGCAGUGUAACAUGAUUGUUGAGAGAAUGGGAGAUUACCUCAUUGAUCAGGGACUUUAGGUCUCUCCUCCAGAUUCAUGAUCUCUUUCGUGGGUUCUGCGCUUGCAUUGUCUUCCUUCUGUGCCAAUGAACUAGCCACUGAAGAUGUUGCAGAAGAAUAACAACGAGAUUGGAAACAGUCAGUUUUGGCAUUUUAGAGUCAUUUUGUUUCGUAUUGAUUCAUGUUCUAGUUUGUGUAUUUAUCUUCUCUUUUUUUCUUUUCUUUUCUUUUCUUUUUUGUGUGUGUGGCUGGAGUUGAAUCUGAAUAUUUGGGAUUUUGGUUAUCCUUGGAUUGCUUCUGAAUAUGAUUAUCAUUAUUUUUGCUAAAA